GCGCGGUUAUUUUGUUUGCCAACUUUUGACGCAUUUCGCAGAACUGUGCUAAAACACAGAACACAGCAAAACAAAAAAUUGUCAGAAGAAGUAAAAUUAUAGUAUUAAUAAUCGUAUCUUAUAAGUGACCUGCAUUCAAUUCGGUGUCACAUGUAUAGGGCAAAGCCAAAUCAAAGAAAAUGCUGCAAAUGCAGAAUUUAAGAACUGGCACACAAUUCGGCAAUCAGAACCAUUCACAGUUAACCAUCGACAGCCAAGUGCAAUGGAGGCGGACGCUAUGGCAAUGACCCAGCCCACGGCAACAACCGGAGGAGGAGGACCUUCGAAUGGUGCCAUGGCAAUGGCCUUAGAGUCAUUUGACAUCAGUCUAGUCGAUGCCAAUGCCGCGGGCUCCAUUCCGAAUCAAUAUGAGGAGAAUGUCGAUCAUUUACGUAAAUUGUUUAGUCAAAAUAAUUUGGUAUCCUUUAGCAUUGCCCACAUUGCGUGCAGUGCGGGCAGUAGCAGUGGCGAUAAUUAUAUGUCUGUGGUGAAACGUGUGACAAUCAGCAAGGCAAAUGAUGAGGAAGAACAGCAGCAGCAGCAGCAAAAGCAGCAGAAGAAGCAGCAGCAUCAACAGCAAGAUCAAGUACUGGCAUCCAGCGAAAAGGUCACUGUGAUUAUCAAACGACAAAUUCCCAGUCUGUCGCGACGUCAGCUUUACCGUUGCGAGGAGGCCUUCAGCAAUGAGAUUAAUGUCUAUCGUCAUUUGGUGCCUGUUUUACGUCGCUAUAGCCAACAUCAGUUGUUCCCGCUAUGCCAUAUAGCCGACACCCACGACCAGGGCGAGAGUGGAGAACCGAUUAUAGUGCUGCAGGAUCUGAAAUCUUUGGGAUUUCGCAUGCAGAAUCGUUUGGCUGGCCUGGAACUUCGCCAUUGCCUGCUGGUGAUGAAGAAACUAGCACAAUUGCAUGCCGCUUCCUUGGCUGCCCAGCAACUAGAAUCGUUGCAUUUCGCUGAGAAAUGUGGACAUAUGAGCGAGAUUGUAUACUGCCAGCAGGCGGCUGACUUCUAUUCUCAUAUAUUGGACACAUCGGUUCAGCAGGCCUUGGAUAGUCUACAUUCGUCCAAUGCCGAUGGCAGCCUGACCGCACCCAUACGCCUCAUUCAGCAAUUGCAACCCAAACUGUUUGAGCAACUGCAGCGGCAAAUUAAUGCAGCAGCCGAGUCUCCUCUUAGUGUUGUGUGCCACGGUGAUUUGUGGGUGAACAACAUCAUGUUUCGAUCCCAGCCCGAGGAGGCCAUAUUCUUUGAUCUGCAGGCAAUGCGACGUACAUCGCCGGUGUUUGACAUACUGCACUUUAUAUACACCAGCACAAGAAGACAACUAAGGGAUGUGCACACAGACACCAUGCUGGCUGCCUAUGCCGAGGCUUUGGCCAGGGAACUAGGCCAUCAGUUAAGGCACACACCGGCAGCAAAAGAACUGGCUGGGCUAUGUGAAACAUUUUCACUGCAGCGACUCAGCGCCGAAUAUGUGCGACAAGUGCACUAUGGUCUGGCCAUAUGUAUGUGGAUACUGCCAGCGGUCACCUUUGAUCCAAAUAAUCUACCCAAUCUCGAUGUGAUAAGCGAACUAAAUCGCAACGGCAAGGAGAUUAAAUACACCCUAAAGCUAACACCGGAAUACCAUUUGCGUAUUAGGGAGUUGGCCAUGGAGUUCUAUGAGCAUGGCUAUCUGGAGGAGAUGCAGGCGAAAUUAUGAGUAUUUAUAAAGCAGGGAAUGCAACCCUUCUACAACCUAUAGAAUCGAAUUCAAUUGACAUUACAGAUAAAUUGUUAACCAUUAUAAUACCUCCAUACCAUUACGGAACCGAUACAAAUAUAAUACAUAGAUGCAGCAACA